CGAGCGCCCCGCGAGGGCAACCCAUUCGAUCUCUCGCAUCUCACUCAAGCCCCAUGCCGCCCAAGAUGCGAGUGGCAACGCUGAAGCUCCCGAACUACGUGAAGAAAGAGGCUGACCCCGUGCUCAAGCGCCGCAUGGUGAAGCUAUUCAAGGUGGCACACUUGUACAAGCUCCGCUGCACAAUGACAGAGCAUCGCAUGUGCUUGAUGCGCACGGCUUUGAACAACCUCAAAAAAUUGGCCGAGGCCACGAUCAACAGGGACGGCGUGGUCGGAGAGGCCAACUUCCAGAAGGUUCGCGAUGUUGAGAACGAGAUCGACAACCGCGAAUCGGUCUCGGAUUGAGGCCUAGAAUGGAUUUUCUCCUAACGGGGAGUGCAUUGCAGUCUCUUGUGGUGCCCAGACAUCACGGUAUCUUGGUAGCAUCUUCUGAGUCUGUGAGUUCUGCCGUUUUGGAGCGGCCGUCGGCCGUCGCACUUGCGAGAGACGUCCGGAGUUGGGCCUCCUUAUGUGACAGCGCUGCUUCUUAAGACGGCGGCCAGCCCUGCGGGCAAGCGCAGCGAGCGAA